GGCUGUCACAUCUCACUUGCGAGAGAGUCACUCACCGGGGGGAAAGCCGCGUGGAUCCAGCUGCUUUGAGCCCAACUGGUCGUCCUCAAUUUCAGCAGGAACAAAGACUUUUAUCGGCAGUAAAAGCAGGAAAAUACCAUGAUGGCUGUCCUUGGCAGCGCCGGUCGCUUGAUCCAAUUUGCCAGGAGCAGCGUCAGUCUGAGUUUGAGGAGACGCUCCACUGCUGCUGCCUUGGCCCAAACUCCAGACACACAAGAAAACAGGAAACCAAAAACUGGUAUCUUGAUGUUGAACAUGGGAGGACCAGAGAAACUAGAAGACGUUCACGACUUCCUGCUGCGACUUUUCAUGGACACAGACCUGAUGAAGCUCCCAGUACAGAAUAAGCUCGGCCCAUUCAUCGCCAAACGCCGCACUCCAAAGAUCCAGGAGCAGUACAGUAAGAUCGGAGGAGGCUCUCCCAUCAAACACUGGACGUCGAUGCAGGGGGAGGGGAUGGUGAAGCUGCUGGACGAAAUGAGUCCAGAGACGGCUCCUCACAAGUUCUACAUCGGUUUCCGGUACGUUCACCCGCUGACGGAGGAAGCAAUCGAGGAGAUGGAGAAAGAUGGAGUGGAGAGAGCGGUGGCCUUCACACAGUAUCCUCAGUACAGCUGCUCCACCACAGGGAGCAGCCUCAACGCCAUCUACCGUUACUACAGAAACCGAGGCGACAGGCCUAAAAUGAACUGGAGUGUCAUCGACCGAUGGCCCACACACCCUCUGCUGGUUGAGUGUUUUGCAGAACACGUCAGUAAUGAGCUGCUGAAGUUUCCAGAAGACAAGAGAGACGACGUUGUCAUUUUGUUUUCCGCACACUCGCUGCCCAUGGCUGUUGUAAACAGAGGAGACCCGUAUCCUCAGGAGGUUGGAGCAACAGUUCAGAGAGUCAUGGAGAGACUCGGACACUGUAAUCCCUACAGACUGGUGUGGCAGUCCAGGGUGGGCCCCAUGCCGUGGCUCGGCCCUCAGACAGACGAGGUGAUCAAAGGUCUGUGUGAACGAGGGAAGAAGAACAUCCUGCUGGUGCCCAUCGCCUUUACCUCAGACCACAUAGAGACUUUACACGAGCUGGACAUCGAAUAUGGACAGGUGCUGGGGGAGGAGUGUGGUGCAGAGAACCUGAGGAGAGCAGAGUCACUGAAUGGGAAUCCUCUUUUUAUGAAGGCUCUUGCAGACUUGGUCCAAUCCCACUUGAAGUCCAACCAGCCGUGCUCCCGUCAGCUGACCCUCCGCUGCCCGCUGUGCACCAACCCCACCUGUGGAGAGACCAAGGCCUUCUUUGCCAACCAGAUGCUCUCAUAGAAACACACAAAGACACACAAACGCAGACUCAAGGCCUUCUUCAGUGAACAGAAGACUCAAACAAACACAUUUAAGCUCACACAGUCUCUCCAGAACGAGUGUCGUUCACAAUGAACACAAGUUUGGCAAAAGUUUCUGCAAAUACGUUUGAUGUUUGUUUUAUCUGACUUUGGCAGUUUAAUCACAUCAUCUACAUAAGUAAAAAGAAAAAUGCAAGAGUGUGUGACUUUACACUUACAUAUUUAUAAUUGUAAACCAAACAAAAAUUAAAAUGCUCUGUUUAUUAGGUCAUGUUGGACCAUAAGGAAAGGGAACAUUGUGUGCCAUUACUUGAAAGCUAAAAAAAUGCCCAAAAACAAUCAUCAACCUCCAUUCAAGGAAACAUUUAAAAGUUUUUUAUUGUUAUAUUGAUCGAAAUUGUAAAAUCAGAUUUUUUUUUGUUUAAGAUCUACAUUAUUAUUAUAGUUCCAGUUAUUUUCAAUCCAUUUGUUUGUAAGAUAUUUUGAGCAUGAAGUGCUGUAGUAAACCAGAUUUGGCCUCACCUUAGCUUGCUUGCUACACUCAGACUGUGAUAUACUAGACAUAUAUUAUCAGGUGUUACACAGCUGAUAAAUGGACAUUGACUCGGAAGUCUGAUUCAGCUGCUGUUGGUAAUGAACAGCCUUAAGUAGCUGGAAAUAGCAUUAAAAUUAAGCCAGACACAGUUAAUGGAUGUAUUCACCUGUGCAAGGCAUUAGCCAAAAAUAAAGGGAUUUGGAUCUCUGAUUAAAAAACAACAUUCGAUGGAUUUGCAGAAAUUCUUUGUCCAAACUCCAACACUCGGCAUAAACAGCCCACAUCAAAUCAAAGUUAAAAGAAAAAACAAAGCUAGCACUAUUUUGUUUCUGAAUAUGGCUCCCUUGCUUACAUUCCAUUCACUGAGCCCCUGCAAAACCCUUUCUGAAACCCCGUUAACCUCAUGCUGGUGCUACUAGAACAACCAUGAUGGCGUUGAUGACGACAUUACACAGGAUCUCAGACUGGUUGGCAAUGUAUCCAGCCUCUGAUUUUCUCACCCACCAUUUUAGGCCAUUGGCCCAUCAGUCAGUGACUCCGCCCAUCCUGCUGCAAUCCCUGCAAUGUGAUUGGAGGAGGUUAGUGCUCCUUAAAAUGCUGCUGCUUGAUCACAGUGAGCGUGAGAGGGUGUAAACACAACUGUACAGCAACUUUAAGGAAUUUGGAGAUUUACGUUUUCUGAUUCUUGACAGAAAGAUUUUGGUUAAAAUGCGUCUUUUCUUUGUUGGUGCUGUCAAUAUUGAAUAGAAAGUCCAUGACUUUAAUAGAAAGGCUACAGCUUGUAGUCCAGCUAGGACUCAACAAAGAGGGGAAGGGUACUGUUGAAUGGUUUACAAGCUAGGACGGGUAUUAUGUCAAUAGAAAGCCAUUAAUAUGUUUAUUUUUAUACUCCUUUUAUUUUGCUUUUUUCCUGCUGAUUCCUCAGCCAUGUAUCAAUCUUAAAAUGGAUGUUUGGGUUUGUAACAGCGUGUCCUGACAGUGUGUAAUGGAAGCGACUUUUAGACUGCGCUUGCAGCGUCACUUCUCUCCCACUGACUAAUCGAAAUCAAGAAGGGCAGGACUUCUGCUUCCAGCUUUGUUGACAACAGUCGCAGAGAAGAAACUGAUCUGCCGGACUCUUUUUAGAGAACAGUUUCCAGGUCUGGAGUGCUUCUAAUGCCAAGCAAGGAUUCUUUUUCAUUUUUUUCUUGGUCAUUUCCUUGAAUAAAAGAAAAUAUUAAACCUUGCAAAGCCGAUAGAUUGGCCAGAUUCCACAUCUGUCAUCAGGCAGAUCCAUUUCUGAAAGGCUCUCAUCUGAGACGAUUGUGUAAGGGCUAAGAACUGACCUGACCAAUCAGCGUCAUUUGAGGAGAAUGAGACGAUAUCUACAGAUGGGGCUUUGUUGUACUGGAAGGCGGCAGUAAUAGCUGCUGCCAGUGUAGUUAUCAGCCCCACUAAAGUGAUAGUGUAGCAGAAGUUUUAUCAGAAUUUGACUAUAUUUUUUUCUGAAAAGAAUGGCAAACUUUGCACUUCUAUCUAUCGGCCCAGCUUGAGUUUUAUCCACCAACAAACUCCCAUCGUCCAUAAACUACCACACCGCUUGCCUGCUGAGCUCACAUUACUUACUGGAGCUGCUUAUGUCUACCUCAUUUUGUCCUGUCACUCUGAUUGGCCCAUAAUGAAUGCAACAGACAGAACACUUUGUCCAAGCACCUUCAUAGAAUUGUUUUAAAUUCCAGCCCUUCCGAAACACUUUGUAUGGUAGGAAAAUGGAAGACUCAAAGGCGCUGGGAGAGUCCUACAGAAAUGUUUCCUUGAUUUUUCUCUCACUUUUUUCGCUAAUCAAGAUUGUUAUCUUGUUUCAGAAAGUUGAAACAGUGCAUAAAUAAUAUCCCAAAUCAAAGUAUUGUACUCUGACUUGCGUUAGCAUAGAGGCAAAGCUAUGAGGCUCACCACUGCCAAAGGAGCACCAAGUCACAGCAAAAUAAUCCCUUUCCCUGCUUUUAAAGUGAAAGCAAACAAAUCCAUCUGGCAUGUCAGGUUAAUGUCAGACUGUUUCUAAGAAAACAAAUCAAAUUUACAGUGUAGAUAAUCAAAAAUUUAAUGGACGCAGAGCUGAAACAGAGCAUCUGAUGUGAAGCAUCCUCCGACACUUGCAUGCUGUUAGGACACGCUGUUAGCCUUGGCCUCUUGUUUUACUGUGAUUUGAGACAUAAUAUCAUGCGGAUUGUCUGUUUUGAUGAUAAAACUCAAUUCAUAUGAUAUUGUGUCAUUGUAUGGUAAAAAUGAAACCACUUGUGAGGUAUUUUCUAAACAGCAAAAAGGUGAGAUGAUGUUUGAACAGUCCCCCUUAACACAGAAGUCACACUGCUCAGUUAUAAUCAAAAUUGUACACCUAAACCUCUCUGAUCACAUUGCAGUAACAAAAUGUGAACAUGUUUCUUUGAGAAGUCAGUACAUUGUUAAAGGAUGCCAAUUUAGUUUCACAGUCCGGUGCUACAACUACAGGAAAAAUGCUUCAAGUCACAGAUGUGGAUGAGACUCCCUAACGAUGUGUAAAUAUGAAUUAAAACGUUACCCUUUUUAUGGGUAAUAACUUGAGCUCUGACGCCUGAUCCUGCUCCGCUUCUACUCUUCUUCUGUUUCGCCACAAUAACGUGCCUUUUACACUGGCUAACUAGAAAAACUGGACUUUGUUUUCUCUGUCUUCAUGUUUUUUUGUUGCUUAGCCAAAUGCUGACAGGAAAAUCCACCCAAGAUCAGAAUUUUCACUCACCUGCUGUGAUUUAACCCAGGAAAGAGGCUGUGAAUGAGGUGUCAUUAUCCUUUAAUACCAUAAAUAAGAGGCUUAUUCUUACAGCAAUAUAACUACAGUAUGUAAAGGAAAUCAGGAUCCUAGUUUGUGGCAUACAGCUGAGAAAUAGAGUCUAGGCUGAGCUAGCUAUCAGAUUGUAAUUAUGGCUCUGUUCAGCCUCAAGGAGCAUGAAUAAGUAGCAAAGCUAAUCCAGAUACACAUCCUGACAUGGGUCAAGUUAAGUGAGCCUUGUGGACCUCCAGAUGAUGUUACAAACUGAGACAUUAUACUGUUUGUCAAAAAGCCACCCCCAGAAAAAUUCCAGAUAGGCAUUAAAAAAGUUCUGAAUGUGCACCAGUGACCAAGCUGGAUGGUGGCCAUUGACCGCUACCUUGAGCUGCAGCACCAGGCAUUUUACCCUAUAUCUCCUUACACAUUAUUUUGAUACAAUUUGAAUCACCAAAAUCAGAAAAAUCCCAGACAGAACUUUACUCAUGGUGAUACUUGGGGUUUACAUACAGGUAUGUUAAUUUCACCAUUACCUAUUAAAGGGAUGUUUGGUAUUUUUGAAGUUGGAUUUUAUAUGGAGAACUCUCAGGCAUGUUUGGGCCAAAAACUGAGACUGAAUUGCACGCUAUAUUGGAAAUAUAUGAAGCAUUUCCAGUUUUACCCAGAAAGCCUCUGCGUUUGGCAGUAUUUUGCAAUGCGAGCUUCAGCUACCAGCUACGUCUUCUUUCGCCUCAGUGUAUGUGGACAGCCAUUUGCGUCUGAAUUGGAAGCUAGUGGUACUGCUAUUACCAAGUACCUCAUACAACCCAGCUACAAACAUACCCAAAUUUUCCUUAAAAAGCAAAACCCAAGAAAGCAAGCACAUGUGCACGUGUUGUUGCUUGUUUAAAAUGUUAAACAAUUUCUUCUUGAAUUUGUAUGAAUUAGCUAUUUUUCUCUUAAUGUUAACAGAGUGGUAGGACCCAUUGAACCUGACUUUAAGGCCAUUAUUAUCAGAAUGAGUUUAGCCAUCCAACAAACUUUUUCUCAGGAGGAUCAUUUUAGUCAGGAAUGCUAAUUGGUGCACUAUGCAUGCCUUGGCAUUGAUAGAUGACGUCUUCAGUGGGCCCAUUUCCCGCCUCUUUCAGGGACUAAGUCGAGUCAGCCAACUUGUGAGCUCUAGCUAGUUGGCCAUGUCCUUCUAAAUGCAUUUGAUUUUUCAAGUGUUUACAUGAGUUGUACAGUUCUUUUAAAGCGGUACUUCUUUUUGCUUCCGCUGUGUAAUAUACUUGAUUCUACCGUCAUCCAGCACAGUGUUACUUUUCCACUGGUUUUAUGCAGAAAAGGCCAAAUGUUUAGCUCACAGCAGGUUGACAUGCUAAUAUCUGUGAUGGGUGGGUUUUCCCUUCAUUAACAUGUUCAUUAAUUUAUUUCAGUUAUCCUCGGUCUGUCUGUUUUUAUUUGUAAGAUUCUGCUGUGUGGGUGUGUAGUUUGCUCUGAACUGCACACAAUUUGUAUUGUACAGAUUACCAAGAUGUUAAAGCUUUGUUUCAGCCUGAGCAUACUCAAAUUUUACUGUUUAUUUUUGGGUUUAUUUAUUUAUGUUUUUGAUGUGUUCCAGGCCUCACAAACCAUCCAUCUCCACUGUCCUGACUUAUUACUUAAUAUUUGAUAGUCACAGCAUUUACAGUGUGAUUUCAGAGAGUCUUCCUUCAAAAUCAAAUAAAAACUGACAAUGUGC